AUGAUCUAUAUUAACGAAACUGAGGUUUUGAAACUUCUCACUUGGGAUGAAACCUUCCAUGCUGUUGAAGUUUCCAUGAGAAGAGUUUCGGAAGGUCGUGUUGAUCAGAUUGCUAGAUCUAAAAUCAAAAUUCUAAAUAGAGAUAAACUACUUUUCACAAUGCCUGGAUAUCUUGAUGACACACAAUACGGAGCGAUGGGCUGUAAAUUAAUAACUGUGUUCCCCAACAACUCUCGAUUGCCAAAGCCUCUACCGAACCUGAUUGCCAACAUUUUCUACAUGGAUGAAGAAACUGGUGUCAUCAAAGCAAUUGUUGCUGGAACUGAAAUAACAAAAUGGCGAACAGCAGCUGCAUCAGCUGUAGCAACCAAACAUAUCUACGGAAAGAAAUUGAAACCUGGAUCGAGUCAAAUCCUAGCAAUUUUUGGUUCUGGCGAGCAAGGAAGAAUCCAUGCCCAUUGUUUCAAAUAUUUCUUCAAUUUCGGAGAAAUUCGUAUCUGGAACCGAACAGUAUCAAAUGGGCAAGCCCUGGCACGAGAGCUAAAUGAGACUUAUAAAACUGAUAUAUUCAAAUUUGUCAGAGAUAGAAAGGAGUGUGUAGAUGGAGCUGAUGUAAUUAUCACUGUUACAAGUUCUCCUGAGCCAGUAGUACUUGCGGAUUGGGUCAAACCAGGAGCCCAUAUAAACGCAGUGGGAGCAAGUAAUACCCAUUUCAGUGAGUUGGAUAAAAAACUAUAUGAUUGUUCGGAUGUAUUCAUUGAUUACUGGAAUGGUGCAAAGGUAGAACUGAAAGGUUUGAUUGACGAAGGGAUGAAGUUCAAAGGUGAAGUUGGAGAAGUGAUCAAGGGCAAUCUCAUGACAGUUGAUGAGAGGAAAAUAACUAUAUUUCAAGGAUUGGGCAUGGCGGUUGAGGAUUGUGCUAUGGCUAGAAUGAUUUAUGACAAAUUCAUGAAUAAUCAGAGUAAUCAAAAGAGUUCUAGUACUCAGCUUACAAAAUCGAUAUAA